AUGAGGAUCUUCAAUAAGAACCUUCGCCUUCAGGACGUCACCAUCAUGUACUUCACUGCCCUGGCCGCUCUAAUGGUCAUCUUGGUGGCGUCAUAUCAGGCGCCUACUGUUGUCGAAGUGUCCGGCCUUAACUCAAACCUCUCCAGCCAUCUCCCACCUCUCCCCAUGCCGUUCCGUGUGCCCCUUGACCCACGGGGGGAUCUCCGGUUGGCCUGGAACAUCAGCUACGCCAACCAGGAGAUUUACAUGGAGCUACGGGUAGCAGAGCUCAAACACGGCGUGGUCCUGGGGAUGUCUGACCGCGGGGAGCUGACCAACGCUGACCUGGUGGUGCUGUGGAACACAGGAAAUGAAAGCUACUUUGGGGACGCGUGGAGCGACAGCGAGGGCCACGUCUCAUUGGACAGACAGCAGGACUACGAGCUGAUCUACGCCAAACAGCGACCUGACGGAUGCUACCUGCUCUUCAAAAGAGCGUUCAGCACCUGUGAUCCCAGAGACUACCUCAUAGAGGAGGGAACGGUGCACAUCAUUUAUGGAAUCUUGGAUCAACCGCUCACCUCGCUGGAGCAGCUGAACCUGUCCCGGAUCCACACAGGAGUGCAGAGAGUGCUGAUGCUGCGCCCCGACACGCCCUCACCCACGCUGCCUCCGGAUGUGCAGACUCUGGAUGUCUUGGCGCCAAAUGUCAUCAUACCAAAUCAAGAGACCACCUACUGGUGCUUCAUACAAACGCUGCCUGAAAACAUGCCCAAGAACCACAUUGUUAUGUAUGAGUCAGUGGUAACUGCAGGUAACGAGGCCAUCGUGCAUCACAUGGAAGUGUUUGAAUGCUCUCCGGAUGUCCGCGAUGUUCCAGAGUACAGCGGUUCCUGUGAUGACAAGAUGAAGCCGGGCAAGCUCAACUUCUGCCGCCACGUGCUAGCUGCAUGGGCUAUGGGUGCUGAGGCUUUUUACUAUCCUCCUGAUGCAGGGCUGCCUAUGGGUGGACCAGGCUCCUCGAGGUUCCUCCGUCUGGAGGUCCAUUACCACAACCCUCUCCAUAUAUCUGGCCGUCGUGACUCAUCAGGGAUACGGUUGCAUUACACCCCCAGUCUGAGGCGCUACGAUGCAGGGAUCAUGGAGCUGGGCCUUGUUUAUACUCCUGUCAUGGCUAUCCCACCCAAACAACACACCUUCUUCCUCAGUGGAUAUUGCACCUCCAAGUGUACCCAGACCGCUUUGCCUCCAGGAGGAAUCUAUAUAUUCGCGUCCCAGCUGCACACCCACUUGGCGGGCCGUGGGGUGAGGACGGUUUUGGUGAGGGGAGGCAAAGAGCUUGAGGUGGUACAGGAGGACCAGCACUUUAGUACACACUACCAGACGAUCCGAGUUCUGAGGAAAAUGGUGACCGUUUUACCCGGCGACGUCCUCAUAACAAAGUGUACUUACAACACAGAAGAUAGGAGCAAGCCUACAGUGGGAGGUUUUGGCAUCAUGGAGGAAAUGUGCGUUAACUACAUUCACUACUACCCUCGGACGAAGCUGGAGCUCUGCAAGACCCACGUAGACACAGGAUACCUCCAGAAAUACUUCAACAUCAUUAACAGUUUCCACGGAAAUGACCAGUGUGUGUGCGGCGAGGUUAGUGUGACGGAGCAGUAUUCUCAACUACAGUGGGACGCGUUCACCGGAGAAGUGCUGGACUCCCUUUAUAAUACAGCCCCCAUCUCCAUGCACUGCAACCAGUCAACUGCACGCCUCUUUCCUGGAGAGUGGGACAAACAGCCUGUACCGGUGGUUACCUCCAUCCUUGAAAAACCUCGCUACCCCUGCGAGGGAGGAGCACUUCCCACCAGCCAGCGACUUACACCCCCAGUAUGA